AACUGUAGAAGCAAAUCUCAUGUAAUUUGAGGAUCACCAUUAAUAGACCUUUAGCAAAAACACUUGCCUAUCAGUCAAUCCCUUCAACCUCAAGAGACGCCUUCCUUUCUCUCGGGGUACGAAAGCGGUCUUUCUCCAGCUCCACUUCUAACAACUAAGAAAACUACAUGGAAGGAGGGCCAACGUAAACUAUAAGGGUGGCUGGCUCAUAGGAAAGAAAAGAUUUUUUCAGGGCCUUCGAUAGCAGUUAACUGUCGCUGUAAAGGGUCGUUGUAACAAUUUGUCUGGGUGUCUUCAUAGUUGAAAGAAUUAAGUGUUUCAAUUUGAAAUGGACAACUGGUACAUGAUUAUGAAGAAGAAUUGAGCAUUUCAAUUGAAAGGGAAAGAGGUCCUACUUAAACAGACAAGCUCAUUACCAUAUACCCACAAUGCCAAUGGCUUCAUCUCUGGUUUCUUCCUUACCCACUCGUGCCUUACUUCUCUUACUCCUGCACAUAUCUUUCUCAUUCAACAAGCUGGCAGCAAAACAUGGCAACUUUGCCGCUCAUAACCACCACCACGAACACCGCAGCCACUCCUCAUCAAAUCAGAGACUCCACCAAGCCUAUAUUGCCCUCCAGGCAUGGAAACGUGUAAUCUACUCUGACCCAAACAACUUCACCACCAACUGGGUUGGCCCUUCUGUAUGCAGCUACACAGGUGUGUUCUGUGCACCAGCUCUUGAUGAUCCCAAAAUCAGAGUUGUUGCUGGCAUUGACUUCAACUCUGCAGACAUAGCCGGUUUCCUCCCUAAUGAAAUAGGGCUUCUCUCUGACCUUGCACUUAUCCAUCUUAACAGCAACCGCUUCUGUGGCAUCAUUCCUGAAACUUUGGCCAACUUAACGCUUCUCUAUGAGCUUGAUAUUAGUAACAACAGAUUUGUAGGGCCUUUUCCUAUGGUUGUGCUCUCUCUUCCCUCACUAAAGUACCUCGACAUCCGCUACAACGAGUUUGAAGGAUCAUUGCCUGCUCAACUUUUCAGCAAAACACUUGACGCAAUACUUGUUAAUAACAACCGCUUCAGUAACACCAUUCCACAAAAUUUAGGUUUUAGCACGGCCUCUGUUGUGGUAUUUGCUAACAACAAUUUCGGCGGCUGCAUUCCAUCAAAUAUAUACAAGUUUGCAGAUACUUUGGAGGAGCUACUAUUGAUCAACAACAAUUUGACAGGGUGCUUACCACAAGAUCUGGGGUUUCUCUACAAAUUGAGGGUGUUGGAUGUGAGCUUCAACAAUAUAACUGGUCCUAUACCUUACAGCAUGGCAGGUUUAUCCCACUUGGAGCAACUAAAUCUUGGCCAUAACAUGCUGACUGGGAUUGUAUCAGACGGAGUGUGUCUUUUGCCAAGCUUGACAAAUUUCACAUUUUCUUACAACUAUUUCUGUGAGGAGACGGGAGUGUGUCAGAAUUCGACAUCAAGACCGGGCGUUAAGUUUGAUGAUCGUCGUAAUUGUUUGCCGGAAAAACCGUUUCAGAGGAGCAAAAAGGAAUGCAAUGCUGUGCUUGAGCGCCCUGUCGACUGCUCUUGCUGUGAAAGUGGUGGCGGUGGUGCUGCUGCUGGACCAACUUUUGCUCCUGCUAGAGCUGCUUUUGCUCCUGCUGCAAUGCCAGCUGCAGUGCCUGUGUCUCCCCCUCUAUCGCUCCAAGUUACCUAUAAGCAGCCGUAAAAAGUUAGUUACUUUCAGAAGCAAAUAAAACCCAGAUUUGAGUUUGUAAAUGACAUUGUAAUUACUGUGUGAAGCUUGUAAUAACAUCUUCCAUAAUUAGAAAAGUCAUGUACAUGUAAAAUUUCAAUGAAUUUGUUAGUGUCAAGAUUUGAACGGCUACUUAAAAAAAAAAAAAAAAAUAGAUAAUGGAACCCCGUAAUUUUAUUAAUUGCUUUGCUUUCA